AUGAUAUCUUUCCUUUCUUUUCCUCAUUCUCUCAUUUCUCUCGUUUGCUUCCUUAUUCUUCCAUCACACGUCGUUGCAGACCCCGCCACGGUUCCUUUCCAAAACUGUUUUGAUCCAGGGUCCAACAUCUCUCACUGGAGGUUCAAUGUGAGCACAAUCUACGCCCAGGUACUCCAGGACGAAGUAUGGGGGCACUAUCUCAAUUUGACUGUUCUUGGAGAGAGCCCGGAGGUUAUACUUGGCCUAACGAACUCAAGUUCUAGUCUUGCAACUCUUUUCACAACUACAUCAGUCCUCACGCUAAGCGCAUGGUCAAACAGCUCGUACCUAUGCCAAAAUCUACGACCACCGUCGCCACUGCCUGCCAUGGACUCAAACGCAAACACUUUCUGUCCAAUACCAGCGGGUCCUUUUGCCAUGUCUUCAACCAUCCCAUGGGGUGCGAAUCGAGAGUUGACAACAUUGAAUACUCGUCUGAGAGCGGUGGAUCCUUUUGGUCAAGAGCUCGUGUGCCUUGACGUCUUCACCACUCCACUUGACCCACAUCCGCAUUCACCUUAUGGGAGAGCGAAAAUUAUAUUAUGGUCGACUGUAGCACUCGCCAUCGCAUAUUGGCUUGUCAUUGGAACCGCGAGGAUUGUGUCUGCAUGGAAUCGUGGGAUAUCGAGGCCAGGACGUGGGCUGUGGGGGCGGGCACAGAGCGCCGGUUUCAUUCUUGCGAGUGCCAUUAGUGGAGAACGUCUAGCGACAUCUCCGGCUCUCAUGCGGUUCAGCACUCCGUGCUUGCGUGAUGUUAUUUUCCACACACAGUGGUGUGCAAUUUUGGCAAUGGUGGCCGUUCAGUGGCCGCAAUUCGUUUAUCCUCUCUUAACGCAAGCAGCAUGGUCAACUCUGUCAUACAAUAUUUCUUUGACGGAGAGUUCAAAACUACAUCACUGGAAUCCGCUUGCCACAAGCCCGUUCUCCCCUACAGCAGAUUUUGCUGCCCAACUUGCAGACAGUAAUUCACCACUCUACAUCGACCCCACUGUCCCCAAUGUGCUCUUCACUCUGCCGGAAAAUGCAACGGAUGGCAUGUUUUCCUUCGCUUACACCCUAGGUCUCAGACCUCAAGACCUUUUUCCGACUUGCCUCAUUCUCUUCCUCUCCAUUAUUGGGGUGACAGUGGCGUUGUCCAUUCUGGUAUGGUCCAUCGACUUGCUUGUUAGCGUAAUUCCUGGUGCUGUAAUUGGUUCUGCGCAUGGUUCCAACUCCUUGAGUCGGUUUGCAGGCUCCCGUAGCCCUGUCUUUGGAGCCAAAGAGAGAGCGGGAAGCCCGCCAGUCACUGCAGAAGAGAGGUCGCUUACGGCGCUCAGCGAUAAGCAACUGCACAAUCGUUUUGGUCUGCCUCUUUCCAGUUCAUCUAGUGGUCCAGUGGAACGUGGAAUCAAUAGUCACCGAGCUUGGUGGAGGUUUCGCUCAGACAUUGGCACCUUCCACACCAACGUUCUUCACGGGAACCUUGUUCGGAUUCUCGUCCUUUUUCACCUUCCUGUGACAAUUUUUUCAUGCUAUCAGAUGACGCUCCCCCGUUCUCAAGCGUCGUUGUCGUCCAUCGCUCUCGCAGCAUUGUCUUUUAUCUUCAUCUCUAUCUUGAUACCUUUGCAUCUCGUCGUACGUGUCACACUUACCACAACAAACAAGCUGUACGAUGAAACCCGGACGCUCCUCUCGCUCGGACCACUAUACAAUCAUUAUCGCCAUGGGUCGCAGUUGUUCGCGUGUUUGCUCUUUGCGACGAACAUUGCUUUUGGAAUCACGAUUGGUGCUGGGCAGAAGAGCGGUACUGCGCAGGCAAUCGUCAUUCUUGUUGUGGAGGUGGUCUCUGCGCUUGUCACGAGCAUUUGGCUUCCUUGGGGGAGUGGGGCCAGCAUGGGACUUAUCAGCUUCUUGUUCUGCGUAGCGAGAAUCGUGGUCGCAGUACUUCUGGUUAUCUUAGCACCAACGAUAUCCAUCGGACCCGGCCCAGGGGGAUGGGUUGCCUAUGGCAUCCUCAUCAUCCUUGCUUUGGUAUACCUGGCAUUAGUGCUGAUGCUGCUAGUCAAGAUCAUAGAGGCGAUGGUGCGGAUAGCCGGCGGAAUUGGCUUUGACAGAAGUAAGCAUGUCGUCGACAGUGGUCUCAUAGGCGCAUGCAGUCUUCUAGGAUGUUUCGGUAGACCCAAGAAACGCCGCCGUCCGAGGGGCCAAAAUACAAUAUACAGAGCGACAGACCUACAACAACCGACCGCCCGCCGAAAUUCGGAUUUGUCGUCAUACAACCCACCAAUACCAAUGGCUUUGGGUAAUGACAGUGUGACCACCGCACCCAGGUUCCUCGGCACAGAGUCGAGGAAGGGAUCGUCAGGGUCACAGCCUCCAUCUGUUUUGAAACCAGAGCAUGUUAAUAGACCAUAUAAGGAGGACACCGAUGAUGAGGGAUUCAUCAUGGGUGCAUGGAAACCCUAUCCGCCCACAGGUUAUAUUCCCGUGACUGACGGGCCACAAACGAGCGCGCCAGAAUCUAUUCACUCCCCUACACUGCCUAAAGCCUCUUCAUCAACGCCUACUUCAGGAUUUUUUCGUGUGGGCGGCGGCAGGGCACAUAUGGAUACGCCGUAUGCCAUCAACACCGGCACGGGAUCGACUCAGACGUUCCCAUCAAUUGGGCAGCAGAGUACUACGAUGCUCGUGCCUCCUGUUUUCCCUGAUGAUGAUGAUCCCACACUCCCAUUGACAAGUAUCCGACAACCGGAACAAGGGUUGCUGCCCCCCGGUGGUACGCAACCUGCACAUAUACGCACCAAGUCGCAGACGGCCAUCAUUGAAGAUGCUGGUGGGGUGUAUCCUGCAGGUGCAAUUGCGUCGGGUUCCUCGCCUCUCCGAUCACAACUUCAGCUACAGCAGGCAGCUGAGACUUUGCUGCGCCCUCCACCCCCAUCACGGUUCACGUUGAAUGUUCCAGACGACGAUGACGAUUCCGUGGAAGAUCACCAACAAAAGAAAAAGUGGUACAACUUUCGGAAGAGCCGUCCACACAGCAGUGAAGGGCGGACUUCGAUGACUGCUCCGUCUGCAUCUGCAUCUACUGCACAGGUGGAUGAAGAACUAGGUGGUGCUGGAGACACGCCCUCUCCGCAGAGGUCUUUCGUUGUUAUUCGGAAACCGCCCGGGUCAAUGGGCAGGUUGAAUCAGGCCAUAGCAGCAGCUUCAGCGGCUUCCAAUAAUGCAGCUACCUCCGUUCCUCUGGCACGCCCUCCUACGCGAUGA